AUCCCCAACUGUGAUAUAUAAAAAUUUUAUAUAAUGUUUGAUUGUUUUUAGGAUUGAUUCUUUAUAUGGAAAUAUUUAGAUAUAUAUAUAUAUAUAUGAUAUGAGAAUGAGAAAAAGAAUGAUGAUGUUAUAGAGUAAGUUUGAGAAAAUGUCGGGUGUUAAGACUGAUCAUCAUCACGCUGCGGUCCCGUUAUCAGUGUUAUUAAAACGUGAAGUUGCAAGUGAGAGAAUCGAAAGACCCGAAAUCACCAGUGGGCAAUGUAACCACUCUAAGAAAGGGGAGGAUUUCACUUUGCUUAAAUCGGAAUGCCAACGCGUCUUGGGUGAUGGUGUCACCACUUAUUCUGUUUUCGGGAUAUUUGAUGGUCAUAAUGGGUCAGCAGCGGCUAUAUAUACUAAAGAGAAUCUUUUGAAUAAUGUUUUGGGUGCGAUUCCUAGAGACCUUAACCGAGAAGAAUGGAUUAACGUCUUGCCCAGGGCUUUGGUUGCCGGUUUUGUGAAAACCGAUAAGGAUUUCCAAGAACAAGUUCAAUCGUCCGGAACGACAGUCACUUUCGUAAUUCUUGAAGGAUCUGUCGUAACUGUAGCUUCAGUAGGCGAUUCACGCUGCAUACUUGAGUCUGCAGACGGAAGCUUAUAUUAUCUGUCAGCAGAUCACAGACUUGAUUGCAGUGAAGAAGAGGAACGUGUCACUGCAAGUGGCGGUGAGGUUGGUCGACUUAAUGCUGGUGGUGGCACACAGAUUGGUCCUUUGAGAUGUUGGCCUGGUGGCUUGUGUCUGUCACGAUCUAUCGGAGAUCUGGAUGUUGGAGAAUUCAUUGUUCCUGUUCCUUAUGUUAAACAAGUGAAGCUUUCCUCUGCUGGUGGAAGGAUGAUUAUAGCAAGUGAUGGUGUUUGGGAUGCUAUGUCUGCAGAAGCAGCUCUAAUUUGCUGCCGUGGACUGCCACCAGAUACAGCUGCUGCACAAAUUGUUAAAGAAGCUGUAGAAUUUAAAGGAUUGCGAGAUGAUACAACCUGCAUCGUUGUGGAUAUACUACCUCCAGAGAAGACAAACUCUCAUGUUCCACAUGCUAAGAAGACUGGCAAAGGGGUAUUAAAGUCCAUGUUUAGGAGAAAGAGUUCGGGGUCAGCGCCUCAGGUUGAUGGCGGAUAUCUCCAGUUAGAUGUGGUGGAGGAGCUAAUAGAGGAAGGAUCAGCUUUGCUUUCAGAAAGGUUACUCACUAAAUACCCACUUUCCAACUUGUUCAAGCUGUUUAGUUGUGCGGUUUGUCAAAAAGAAAUGAAUCCAGGUGAGGGUAUUUCAGUACUUGCAGGACUGUCUAGUUCAGUGAAACCAAGGCCGUGGGAUGGUCCUUUCCUUUGCUUGAGCUGCCAUGAGAAAAGAGAGGCCAUGGAAGGCAAAAGACCUUAAGAACGCAGGCGAGCUACACAGUAAUGAAAAUGAGAAGCAUCCGCAUAUGCUUACGACCUAAGUACGAUUUGAAGGCGUGCAGGUUGAUUUAAAGAUACGUUCCUACCUAACUAAAUUGGCCCGAUCCUUGAACUUUAACUAAUAAUUCUUUUCUAAUUCUUUUCAUCUGCUCAAGUUGAGCCCUCAAUCCAUCUGUACUUCUAAUCUUUUCCUAACUCCAAGUUCAUAUAACAAGAAAGCCUACCUCUUUUGCCCACAAAUGUG